CUUUACACGACAACACAAUCUUGCACUCGCAUCUUCAACCCACCCCCUAUCCCUCUGGUGUCACCAAAUACCAAUUACAGCGACGACGACGACAUCAAACCAGAGGAUAUUCGCCAAAUAAUAUCUGUUUCGAUUUUUCCUUAUAUCGUCCCCUCCGCGUAUCCCUCGCCCGACCAGCAAUAAUCAUCGUCUUAACGUCUUAAGGCAACUAGGUCGUGGGUGAGGGUUUCAGGUGCAUUCGUUCGGAAUCCCACUCGAACGACGCCCAAUCUGCGGAUGCGAAAUAUGCCUACGUUCGUAAACGACGAAAACUCGCCCAUUUAUUAUCAAAACUCCGGCGUCGUCCAUCUCAGAGACGAUCACGAACCCGAUUUCCACAAGCUAACUGAUCCUAAAGAAGCCUUUCUUCCAAGGCAGUUGUCUACGGCAAUUGACGCGAAUGAGAGCUUCGACGACAAUUCAUCUUCACAUUCAUCACACAGCUCUGGCCCUCAGGUACGAAUGAACGCGGAUGGGCUACCCCCUUCCAGCAUGACACCUCUGCCCAAUGGCAGGUCAGGUAGAGACGUGAAUGGCGUGGCCUCGGCUGGCCAAGACUCCAAGUAUUAUUCAAACAUGAAAGGACCUUUGUCUGGAAGGAGCUCGUCGGAGCGCCAACCUACUACUAAUGGCAUGCCACCGCCUCCUGAAAACCAGCGUAAAAAUACGUCCGAAUCCCAAAUAAAGCGGUCUUCGGUGGAAUCUCGCACUUCUUCACAACAUCCCAUCGAACUACCACGGAGGUCGUCAAAUAACGGCGAUUUUCAAGGCGCAGACUGUAUUUACGGCAAUAAUAUUGGUUCUAUAUCACAAGAGAAUUCGACUUCGAAUUAUCUGCUACCUAAUAACCCUUCAUCUUCUAAUCUCGAUCAAGCUCAACGCACUUCUCCAUCGCCCCAGAGAUUUUCUUCACCUCCGCACUAUCCGCCGACCGGUGCCUCUUCAUCGACUUCGGCACUGCAACCACCUCCGACGACUGGUCUAAAACAUCGGCACACGCUGGAGGUGCCUAGGGCUCAACCAAGCCGAGGUUCGAGGGAUAGUAACGAUACGGUAUAUGCUACUGGUAGGUUUUCUCCUACCGCGGCCGGGUCAUCGCAGCGUCGAGGGUCUCUUAAUCUGGGAAGACGGAAUACACGUUCCCUGCACUCCGAUGUGCCUCGCGACGAAGUACUACCAGAUGACGACGCGUUGAGGUGGGCUGAAGCAUACCGACAAAAACGGGCAAAGAAAAAGAAGCAAGAAGAGGAUGAUGACAGAGUUCUGGUCGGAACUAAGGUCGACGAGAACCACGCAAAUUGGACAACAGCAUACAAUAUGUUAACAGGUAUUCGAGUGUCUGUCUCGCGUACAAAUGCCAAACUCGAUCGCCCCCUGACCGAUGCCGACUUUGAAACUAAGCAGAAAUCGACGUUCGACAUUGCGGGUAAUGAGUUGGUCCCCUCGGCAAAAUACGACUUUAAGUUUAAGGAUUAUGCGCCCUGGGUUUUCCGGCAUCUUCGUGCGCUCUUUGGGUUGGAUCCCGCCGAUUACCUGAUGUCGCUUACGGGCAAAUAUAUCCUAUCCGAACUCGGUUCUCCAGGAAAGAGUGGUAGUUUCUUUUACUUCUCAAGAGACUACAAGUAUAUCAUCAAGACUAUCCAUCAUGGAGAGCAUAAAUUUCUACGGAAAGUCUUGAAAGAUUACUAUGAACACGUUACAGAGAACCCGAACACCCUCUUAUCCCAGUUCUAUGGCUUACACCGCGUCAAAAUGCCAUACGGGAAAAAGAUUCACUUUGUUGUCAUGAACAAUCUCUUCCCUCCUCACCGUGAUAUUCACACAACGUUUGACCUCAAGGGUUCGACGGUAGGACGAGACUAUCGAGAGGAAGAGCUCGAGAAAAAUCCGCGCGCCACAUUGAAGGACCUCAACUGGCUUCGACGGAAACGGCAUCUCGAGCUCGGAAUACAGAAGAAGCAGCUAUUUUUGCAGCAGUUGGAGCGUGACGUUCGGCUCCUUCAGAAGCUGAAGAUAAUGGAUUACUCGCUUUUGAUAGGCAUCCACGACUUGCGAAAGGGAAAUGAGGAAAACCUUAGAGACAAGACUCUACAGGUAUUUAACCCUGGAGGAGAUAACCCUUCGGAUGAAAGUUUCGACCCUAGCUCUGUCCUCAUGAGGACGCCAUCGAAGCUGGAAAAUGCACGCAAAGCGAGGGAGUUACGGCAAAUGAUUAAAGCUGAGCGACCCGUACCCGUAGGCCAAACCAGCAGUAGAAUGCCGGACGAGUUAGCUGAGGGGCACACUCGAGGUGGAAUGUUCUACAGUGACGAUGGUGGUUUACGCGCAACUCACGAGGACAACACUGCAGGUGAAGAAGUUUACUACCUUGGAGUCAUCGACUGCUUGACCCAUUAUGGUGUUAUCAAGAAGAUAGAGCACUUUUGGAAAGGCCUAUCCAGUGAUCGUAGCCAAAUCUCUGCUCUCCCACCUGAGGAGUAUGGCGAGCGGUUCAUCAAGUUUAUGUCUGGUAUCACAAUGUCUCCAGAAGAGGCCGCAAGGGAUGCGCACGAUCGCGAAGCUGCCGCAGCGCUUGCUGCAGCCGAAAUGGAGCGCACCAAUCAAGAAGCAUUACAGGUACCUGGAUCCAGUAGUGCGCCGCCUGUGCCGUCGUAUUUACCUCCCGCACCGCCAGGUAUGAGAAGCCCGAACUCACCCGAGCCAAAUCCUACCUUAGAAAAGGCCCUGAAAAAGGCUACUAAGAAUGAGGAGGAUCUUGCUAAAGAGGAACAAGUCCCGGAACGUAAGAUUACAACCGCUGUAUCACCAGGGGCGAGAUCUAACUCGCAUGCUGUUUUACCCGUCGUUGAGGAGACGGCGGAAGCGGGCUCGGUGGGGGAGCGGAGUCGGGGCGAUAGCGCUAGUGAAACCCGGCCCUACACACCAUCGAUAACGGAAAGGCAGGAUGGAUUUACUACUUUGGGUCCCCAUGGUAUUGGGGGUAGAGGUCCACCAACACCGCCGAAGUCUAGUUACUUGGAGCCCGAGCCCGGAUACGAGGACGAACGAAAAAGGGGUGGCGUAAGUGGUGGGUUCAGGUAUCUGAGGAGCAAGCUCAGUCGCGAAAGCCUUGGAAAAGCCUUACCGCCAGUUCCCAGGUAAGAGUCUGAUGUCGAGGAAUGUUGGGGUGCUGGCGUUUUGGGGAUAGGCGCCAAAGGAUUACUAACUACAUUUACUGGAAACAUGAAUAUCGAAGACCAGCAGCAAUUAAUAUUGAAAGGAUGAGGAACCUAAUGAGAAAUCCGGCUUUGGGUCGAUUCGAAGAUGAAGGCCCGAAGUAGAAAAGGAAUACAAACGAGUCGAGGAACCAUCAUCAGCCUUGUUGAAGUGAUGGCCUAUAGACGAAGAAGCCGGAGUAGGUUUUUUCGUGCGAUUAUCACUGUUUCAGAAGAAGAGAGCUUCAACUGAUUAGCCUUUCUACAUUUGGCAGACUGCUUUUUUGAGCACGGGAGAGCGUUCCUUCCCCCCUAUUCCCUUUGUUUGCUGCUGAGCAUAUCAUUGUGUUUGUACAGAAAGACAUGAUACCACCAUUGCAUAAACUGCAUGAAUCUGACGAGCCUGCUGUUUCAAUUCGUCUAUUACUUAUUUUUUGUCUUCAGGUGUUUUUUUUCCCCGCGUGUUGGGAUUCAAUAUGUAUAAUACCAUAGACCUCGACGGCUUUGGCGCGUUCGUCCACCGUCGCUGGAUGCUUAGUAUUUCUUUAGAAGGUUUAUAGAAAUGAAAGGGAGUGUUGUUCCA